AUGGGUGAAGAGGAAAAUUCCUUAUUAAAAAAGAGGGAUAAAGGAAAAGAAGUAGAAUUAUCCUCCGAGGAAUGCGUACUUUUGUUUAAGAGCUUACUUAAAGAUAUGGAAGUUUCACCAUUUGCCACUUGGGACAAAGAACUUCCGAGAAUUAUUCAUGAUGAAAGAUAUAAAUUAAUACCAACUUUGAAACAAAAAAAGGAAAUAUUUGACGAAUACUGUAAAGAACGUAAUUUAUCUGCGAAAGAUGAGUAUCUAAGAUUACUAGAAGAAGAAACUACCUAUCGUUCUCAUUGGGACACUUUUAGGAGAAAGUUUAAACGUGAUUCAAGGUUUAAGGGGUUUUCUGACGAUAAAGAAAAGGAAAAGAUAUUCAGAGUACAUGUCAAAGAAUUGAAGGAAAAAGAAACCGAACGUAAGAGGGAACAGCAAAAAAAAGCCGAAGAAGACUUUAUAAGAUUAUUGAAAGAGGCAAGAGAGAUAAAAUAUGACUCUAGUUGGCGAAAGGUUAAACGGAUAAUUGAUCAUGAUACAAGGUAUCACGCUGUAGAAUCUUCUAUUACACGUGAAAGUUUAUUUAGAGAUUAUUGCAGAAAACUGGAAGCUGAAGAUGAAGAAGAGAUGAUUAGGAGGGAGAAUGAACGCAAACAGAGAGAUCGUAAAGCAAGAGAGGAGACAAGCUUGAGAAAUCGAGAAGCUCAAGUUAGAUGGGAGAAGAAGAUUCAAAAUCGCGAAAAAGACAAUGCAAAAAAUAAAGUUAUGCGCGUUGAAUCAAUACGCGAAUUUCAAACACUUUUGAUAGAUUUAGUGCGAACUCAUGAGACUACUUUUGAAUUGAAGAAACCCGAUUUACAGAGGGAUUCGCGUUUUCAUGGACCUGGCCUCGAAGACAAAGAUCGAGAGAGAUUGUUUCAAGAACAUAUUAAUGAUAUCUAUCAAAAACGAUUGAAAUCAUAUUACCAGCUACUUGACCAACAUGUUCAGCUAGAUACUACCUGGUUAGAGAUUCAGUCGGUAAUUAUUGAUGAUUUACGUUCUGUCCGACUUUCGAAAGAUGAGUCGUUAUUAGAAAGAUUAUUUGAUAGCUAUUUAGCUGAAAGAAUUGAAUUGGCUAAAAAAGAAUUUAUGGAACUUUUGCGAGAAAACCAAUUUGUUGAAUAUAGAACGCGAAUGGUUAAAUUAUCAGAGGAUGGCGCAACUGAUGAGACUGGAGCUAGUAAAGAGAAAGCACGUGCAUUAUCUAUAGAAGAAAUCCAUGAUGUACUUAAGGACGAUAAACGUUAUCUUGUAUUAAGUUCUAUGCCGGAUAUCCGCAACGAACUGAUUACGGAUUAUUUGGAUAAAUUGGAAACGCCAAAAAUGACGGUGCAUCAAGGUCGAGAAUAA